AUGCCCUUUAAAUCCGCUGUCAGUGUUGUCAUCCUUUCGUUUUUUCAGCACCAGAAGAGCAGUCCGAAGGAAGAAGACGUGGGUGGCCAGAAGUUUGAUGAUCCGACGGGGCCGAGGAUGAUUCGCCGACGAUGUUGCUGUGGAUGACCAUCUUCUACUUUCCUCUAAUUGCUGAUGCCUUCACCACACUCCUCGGUACCUUUUAGGGUACUUUUUCCGGAAGAAAAUUUCCAAAAAGUAGUACUAACUUUAGUUAGGAGACUUCAUAAAUGGGCAUCACAGAAGUCAAUUAGUCCAGGAGGAGGAGUCGGCUUACAAAAACUUAAGAAAAUAAUGAGUAAAAAUGAUUUUUAAACUCAGGAAGGUAGGCUGGCAACAAUAAGAACUAGUUUCAACCCCAAGGAGGUAGUGAUGGCUUUAAUUCAAGAUGGUUUAUUAGGAAGAAAUAAAAGCCUUCAAAAAUGCUCUGCCUUUUUGAAAAUUCAAAAAAAUGUUUCUUGAAAAAAUCAACUAUUCAGAGUUUUUUCAUGCAAUGUUUCAUAUGAAAAGCGUGUAUAAUGAAAAAUGCUUGAAACUACGAUUUUUUGAGAUUUUCGGAAUUUUUGUUCAAUCAAGUUUUGAUGAUUAAACAGGACCUAAGAUCCUCAGGGAAGAGAAAUUGAGCAAAUUUGGUUACCUAGGGACAGUUUCCCAAUAUUCAACUUUGAAUGGAUGUAGAUUUUUUCAAUUUUUGAAAUUCAACUUUUUCUCAAUGAGCAUAUUUCAUAAACUUUUUGAAAACCGUCUAAGGACUAUUUCACAAAAAAAAAUGAUGACCUUUUCGUAGUGUAACUGAAGAAGAGAAGAAGGGGACCGGUUAAUAAAAAAGGGGUUUUUGUUCAAAUCAAAUAAUUUAUUUUGUUGUUUUAGUUAGAUGUAAUCGACUAGGCGGUGAAAAAGAACUUUUUGAGCUAUAACGAACAACUGCCUCUGGCAAACUAGAAGUCCUAGCGUGUAGUCGAAAGAGUUGAAAGCAUGGUCUUACGGUCCUUCGUCUCGUCCUUCUGCGCGUAGUCCAUCCAUUUCCGCCCUGACGAGCUUAGCAUGUAGCGGAUCUUGUGCUGGAGCCCGGAGAACGUCCUUUAGGUGAAAGCCUCCGAAUGAGAGCGACCACUUUGCUCACUUGAAUGUGAAGAAAACAAUAGAGUAGAAUAAACAGUAACAGGAACUAGUCCACGAAUAGAAACUGACCCAGUGUCCGACAAGAAUUGAAGCAGUCGGGAAAAAAUUUAUUCGUAGAAGCGGUUAUUCGGAUAUCAUUAGUUUUGACUCGUAGAGAAUUAGAGUAGACUUAAAAAACGAGAACUUUCCAGAAAAGAAGCGACAUAUCGGCGGCGGUACGCACAAGUGCUACAGCUGCAUGUCGCGGUAUUACGGGGCGACGUGGCAAUUUGCGGGAUAUUCGCGGAUUUACCAGGAGCCCCGCUCCUUCACUGAUAACUGCCGGUUUCUUUGGUUCGAGGGGUUCCAAAUGAUAGAAAAAGGCUUCAGAAAUCCACGCAACGCCGAAAUUCCCUUUGUCCAUUGCGAGGAGGAAACCAGCUGCGUCACCAUGAUCGAGGAGUUGAAGAUUGGUGAGUUUUAUCGAGAACUUGAACAUUUGAAGAUCAUUUGGCGCUUUUUUAUAUUCCUUAAAUGGUCACAAUUUCUAGCAAACUUCGUGUUUUAGGUCUUCUAAAGAGGCCACUAAAUUAUAGCCGCUAUUUUGUUCCUUAAAAGGAUGGAUUUCAAUUUCUCGGUUUUCGAGUUUUUUUCAAGGAUUUCUCAAUGAGAGGAAACUUUUUUUUUAAAAAAACAUUUUUUUUUUUCUGUAAAGUCUCUCGUUUUCACGCACUAUCAAGUUAAUUAUGUCAGGAAAAUUUCUUUAAAAAUUUGUGGGUUUUCCGAGUUUUUUUCUACAAGUAGUUUGUGAUUAUACUUGUAUUUUAAAUAACCAGAACUUUUUAUCUAAAAAUUUUUCGUCUGAAUUUUUUUAAUUUUUCACGGCUUUGGUGCGGUUUAACGUGGCGUUUUUUUCCAUCAAAUCUAUCUAAGAAUCUGUUUUCUUGAUUUUUUUUUUUGCCAUCUCUUCCGAGACAUGUAAAAGGAGCAAGAAGCUAUAAAAAAUUUCUAUUAUCAAGAAAAAAGCCAACUUUUCUUCUUUAUUUUGCAACCUUGCUCUCUUACUUUUCUUUUCCAUCAGUGCCUCUGGAGCAAUCUUUUGAGUUUUGCCGACACCUCUCUUGUUAGUUUUUAGUCUCUGUGCUAAUUGGUGCUUAAGCGCGGCUAAAGCGAGGAAAAAUCCGAAAGAUGAGCGACUCGAGAAAAAAGAAAUGUCAAAAACGCUCCUCGCUUGUGUCAGUCAAACGUGUUGCCAGUUUUUGAAAACCGCAACACACAAUGAAUUACACACAAAGGAGGCCCUGUCAGCGACACCUGUGCUCACCUGGUGGCAUCUCAUCUCCGCGGUAACUUCACAGGAAUGGUCAGAAAGGAGCCGUAGUGUUGAUUUUACUCAUCACUACAAGAUACAUUUGUUUUGUAUUCAGAUUCAUUUUUCACGAAAAAGUAUUUUUUUCACGACGAAAGUGAUCCAUGUCGCGAUAAAACUAGUUUUAAUUGUAUACGCUUUUUGAAAGGAAAAUCUUUGGAAUGAUCCAAAAAAUUAGAUCGUUCUAUUUGGAUCUUACUACUGAUCUUUGAAAAAAACAAGUACACAAUUUUUCUCGGCAGACUCGGCUGUACUUUUUUAGAAAUGUUUCCAACUUUUCUGCGAAAUUUUUGCAUUUCAAAAUCUCUACAGGCAACUGGAUCGAAAGUCAGUUUUUUUUUUCAAAGUAAGAAUUAUUCAGGAGAAAUCUUAUUCAUCCUUUAAAAAAAUUAAUUUUUUUAUUCAGCCUUCCGGAUUCGCUUAUUUUCAAUAGUUUUUGGUCAUAACUUUUUUUAAAUAAGAUGAAAUAUUUGAGUUAUAUGCUUGAGAAUUCGUUAUUGGUAGAUCAAUUAGUAAACUUUCGAUAUUCUAUGGCUGGAAUGAAGUUGGAAGAAAGAUGUCAUUUUCUUUUCCUUUACUUUGACAUCAUGAAUACCGAGUCUCGAUGUCUUGAGCCUGGUGGAGGAACAGCGUCGUCUACAGACGCUCGGGCCUGUUUCCGGCACCCGCCGAAAUUGGCCAGAUCGCUAGGCCACUUCAAACGAAUUUCCCCUCCGUCGCCAAUCGAAUUUGUGCUCGCCCAAUCAACAAUUGUUUCGACCAAUCCCCCUGACUUGUUGAUUUAUACUGACCUCCUGGUCAAGUGUUUGUCUCUGCUAGAAAAAGAGGCGGCGACACGAAAAAAAAAUAUGGAAAUCGGUGCCUGUUUUUCAAGAUUAUUUAGUGAAAAUUUGGGAUGAGAAAUAGUCAUUAUUUUGAGAAGAAGGCUGAAUAAGGAAGUCUCUACCUUCAUAUUUAUUCUUGAAUAAUAAAGAAAAAAACGACAACAGGGGCUCAUAAAAAAAAGAGGUGAUUUAUUCAAAGUUAUUAACGUUGAACUGAUAAGCCAGAAUUCAACUUUUUAUUAUUAAUUUCAAAAUUUUUUUCUACUGAAUCAAAAAAAUAUUCAAAAAAAUAAUUGGCCUUCAAUUUUUUUCGGACGUAACUUAUUGAAAUAAUUGGUGUAGCUUUUUCUCCGACUUAAAUAAUGGAAAUAAAGUUUUUAUGAGUUAUAUUGUUUCAUCCUGUUUUUUUUCGUCAAAUUCAGCAAAGCCAAAACGCUGAUCCCAGUUAAAACUUCGGGGUUUUCUUUAAAGUUCAUACCAUAAGGGCAAACAGCUAUAAGCUAUGUGAUCGUUUCUACGUAUUAGGAUAUAAUAAAUAUUUUACUUCAACAACUACGUUGUCUAGCAAAAUAUAACAUUAUGAGUUAUAUUGUUUCAUCCUGUUUUUUUUCGUCAAAUUCAGCAAAGCCAAAACGCUGAUCCCAGUUAAAACUUCGGGGUUUUCUUUGAUUUACAUUGAACUUCAUGUUGAAGCGAGUGUGCAAAGAUUGUAGGAGCGCAAUAGUUACAUAUAAAUUUCUUGAGGGCGGUUUUAAAAAAUUUUUUCAGGUACCGGGGCGCGUGGCUACAUCCGCGGAUGCUAUUCCUCGAUCCUGCUCUUCGGAUUCAACCGCACCGGCUCCGUCUACGCUCUCGGAGCCCAUACAUUCUGCCACACGUUCAACCUGACGCAACUCGUCAGCGGCGGUCGUCCGGAAGAGUCCUCCGUCCAGUCAGUUUCCUUGUCUUUUAAACACCCACCGUAAUCCGCGACGUGUGAUUAAUUUUCUUUUCGAUGCGACAAGCCGAUUGUAAUAUCUUGACAAAUGACACAACAUUGAAGUGUAAAUCGCGCGACAUCGUUAAUUAUCUAACGGACAAGCAGCGCGUGGCAACUUCUCUCCGCCUGCUGAACAAGAUUAUCGCGAGGAAAAAGUAGUUGUGAACCUUGCGCUUAUCAGUUAAUGGUUUGAUUACAUUGUAGUAUUCAUUUUAAGGAUAUUAUCAAGCUUCGCUUGAAGUUGAAUUUGCCUUCAUGAAAGUAUGAAACUAUGAAAUUUGUACAGAAUUAAAAAAAAUUUGGUACGACAACAUUUAUUUUUAAACAGUACUUUUAGAAUCUUUCAUUGUGAAAAUAUUCAGAUCCAAUACUUUUAAUUCGCAAGGUCUCAAUUUUUCUGAAUUUUUACGACUUGACUCACGUUGUUUGGUUGAAAUUGAAGCGUCAUAUAAGAGAAACGGUCUUUUUUGGUUAUUCUUAGCUUUCAAAUGGAAAAAAAGUUGCUAUUAUUGGACUAUGAAGUGAAUUGUCUUUACUGAUAAAAAAAUUUAAGCGUUUGCUCAUGCCGCGGUCCUCUCUGCAAUGACUCGGAGAUCAGCACGACGUCGUCGCCUUCCCUGUGGAUGGCGGUCCUCCUUCCCCUCCUCUCUUUCUUCUUAUAA